AUGGAUCUCCAAGGCAACCCCAUCCCUCCCGGCCAGAGAAGCACCAAGGUCACAACAGAUCCCGAAGCCAGAAAACAUCCCAACAAGGAGUCUUCUGGACCUGUCGCCAACGACUCUCUUGCUGCCGAAUCAGCCAGGCACGGUGGCGACUACAGCCAGAACCGCGGUGCCGAACCUCUUGGGGUUUCUGGCAGCCAGUCUACAUUCAAUAACACAAACACCUCUGGCGCUACUAAGCUGUCCUCUGCCCCCGACGCUGCCACCCGUGAGGAGCUGGACAAAAAGGAGAAGUACCCUGAAAACAUGGGUGGCCAAGGGAAGUUCCCUGGUGCCCAUGUUCCAGAGACUGGCUACACUGGCGGCUCGACAGCUGCCAAGCGGAAUCUGGGUAUCAACAAGGGCGAAUAUUCCACCACCCAGCAGAGUUCUCGGCCUCAGACCCGAUCUCAGACUCAAUCACAAUCCCAGUUUCAGUCCCAGCCCGCUGAGGCGAGUGGAAGUGGUUACCACAGCCAGUACAAUGGCGGCCAAGCCCCUUCGUACAUCCAGAGUGUGACCAGGCAGCAUACUCAAACCAAACCCAAGGGCAAAAACUUGCAGGAGGGUGGCUUCGAUAGCGACCCCAACAAUAACGCCAGCUUCACUUCCGAAAUCGGCAGCGACCAAGACCCUGGCCGCUUCGCCGAAAACUACUCUCAGCGCAAGGCCGCAGAUACUGGAGCCGCUGAUGCUGCCCGAGGUCCAGUCGAGAAGAAGGGAGUCGACGAUAAGACAUGGUAUCAGCCUUUGGAAAGUGAUCAGAGAGCUUAA